AUGGCAUCAGCAUCGAUCGCGCCCUCGGGCGCACUGGCGAACAAAGUUGCCAUAGUAACUGGUUCCUCUAGUGGUAUUGGUCGCGAGAUUGCCAUCGCCUACGCCGCUGCGGGCGCAUUCAUUGUGUGCGCUGACUUGAGUCCUAAGACCGCGAAAGCAAAACAUUCAGAAGAUGGCACAGCUCCCGGCGUCCCAACUCAUGACCAUAUCAACUCCGAAUACAAGAGUUCGUCAGCAGGCGACCGCCAGUCUCGGGCGAUUUUCGUUCAAACGGAUAUGACGCAAUCGUCUUCCGUGAAAAAUCUAGUGGAUAAGACCGUUGGCCAAUUCGGAAGACUCGAUGUCUUGGUUAAUAACGCAGGCAUUUUAGCUGAGGCCGGAACUCCGACGGUGUUUCCGCGCAUCCAUGAGACACCCGAGUCUGUCUGGGAUGCCGAUAUGGCGGUCAACGCAAAGGGUGUCUGGUUAGGUAUGAAAUAUGCUACCGAACAAAUGUUAAAGCAAGAACCACAUCAACCCAGCAUGGAUCGCGGUUGGAUCGUCAAUAUUGCCUCGAUCGUAUCUCUGGUCGGGUAUGCGGGCACCAGCUCUUAUGAUGCUUCCAAGGGUGCGGUGCUACAAAUGACUAAAGCCGUGGCAUUGGAAUACGCAAAGGACCGCAUUCAUGUCAAUUCUUUGCAUCCUGGCUUCACCGACACGGCGCUACUUGAACCACUUAAAAUAGCUGGUGGUCCUGAUGCAACCCGGAGGAGUCUGGCAGAUUUGCAUCCUUGGGGGACUGUUGGGCGUGCCGAAGAUAUCGCCAAAGUUGCCGUGUUUCUCGCAAGUGAUGGGGCAAGCUGGUGCACUGGCGCUCCGUUCAUUGUCGAUGGAGGUUACUUGGCACAAUGA